CAGUCUGUGCUCAUCAGUCAGUCAGUCUUACGGACGCGCGAUUCACGUUUGACGUUCAGUUUCGGAUGUGUAGUUCUACCGAAUUCGUCGAUGGUCGUAUGUUUGAUGGUGAUACUUGACGAAAGAACUCGAAUUCGUAUGCGGUUGGCUGGUGUCUCGUGGUGUGACGCUUUCUGGUAAGAUUGUAGUGGCACGUUUCGCUAUGACGCAAGUGUUUUGGCCGCAAGAGGCGCAGUGACGACUCGCCCGUGAGCCUGCCGACAUCCUCGACAGCCCUACGAUGGAGUCGAUCAGAAAAUGGUUCUACAGGCCUAAGAGGGACGAUACGAGCCUGCUCGCUCAGUUUUUCUACGCGGACGAGUCUUUGAACGCAGUCGCUUGCGAGUUGGACUCGUUCGAUGGUCGUCAGGAGCCAGAAAGAUGCACCACGUUGGUCAACCAGCUGCGCCACUGUCAGGACAAAGUGUUAACGAUAUGCAGUCAAAUAAUGGACGAUCUGAUUCCGGAGAGCAGAGCGAACCGAGACUUUAGGGUGAAAUUUCCCGACGACGUGAUGCAGGAGAAUCUCGCUGGACAGCUGUGGUUCGGAGCUGAAUGCUUGGCAGCUGGAUCCUCGAUCAUGAACAGGGAGGCUGAAAGUUCAGCCAUGAGACCGCUGGCAAGGGCUUUGACUAAGUCGUUGGACAUCGUCAGGAAUUUGCUCAGAGAGCACGCGUUAAAAGGUCACAUGAACCUGAAGUACCUUUUUCAGACGCAAUACCCGUUAGACCCAUCCCUGGAGAAGCUGAUCGAGUCGCUGAAGAUCUUCGACCGGUUGUUCGCUGAUUUCGAGCUGUGCUAUGUGGGCGCCAUGGUGCCAGUGAAAUCGACGAAGGAGUACGAGCAGCAGGAGCUCGUUUGCGUUUUAUUUUCGGAGACGCUGCAAAGAGCUCUCGAACGUGGAUUGCUCAGCCAGGCCGAUGUAGAUAAUUACGAGCCGGCUCUGAUGUUUACUAUUCCUCGUUUGGCGAUUGUUUCUGGCCUCUUGGCUCCGCCUGGAGGCCCUCUGUGCCUCAAUUCCCCCGACAACAUCAGCGAAGUGUUUAGACCUUUUAGGUCGCUUCUCCUAAAAAUAAGAGAACUUCUUUGGACGUUAAACAACCGCGAGCUCUACAUGCUGGAGAAACUGCUGUGCUCGAACGAGGAGCCGCCGGGUCCCAUCACGCAGACGUCAAAGUCGUCCGCGUGCCAGGACAUUCCCGACCUGGAGGAGUUUGUUCACAAUUUUUAUACCGGUUAUCCGAACUGUAAAGACUUCAUCGUAGAUUUUUACACAGUGACGAGAAACACGGGGAAUAAUAUGGACGAGGUGGCGGACGACGUGGUUCAAAUCUUAGAGGAAGAAAGCCGUUUGACAGAAGGGAAUAGCGAUCAGGAGGUGGAGGACCGGGGAACAAUGAUAGAAACCGGGCCUAAUCGCUUAAACAUAUCCGUGAACGGGUACGAGGAGGCUGUGAGGUGUAACGGUAACACGAGGACAUCCAGUGAACGAGAAAGUGUUGGUGACGAAGUGCAGUAUCAUAUUAAAAAGCCAGCUAGCUCUUCGAACAGCAGUAGAUACUUAUCUUGCGACGAUAGUCCUUGCUCCAGAAGAAUAGAAUGUCCCGCGAGUCCUGUUUCAAUGGUAGAUUCGAUGGUGGAGCAGGUCGUUCCAGAAGAUAGUAUUUCAAGCGUAAACGAGAAUAGAUGUGGCGAACAAUUACACAAACAGCAAGACGAAUUUAUCACCUCGGAUAUCACCGAGAUAUUAGGCAGCUCUGAUCAUCACAUCGAAAUCCCUCAAACGCAGUACCUGCUGAACCAAGUGUCGCACGAGAACAACGUGACUGGUGAGACGGUACACAUUCAAAACUCUUUGCCUGACUUGGAUUCGAAGAAGCUGAUAUCCGAGGCGAAUAAAACGUUAUCGAAUUUGUUGCUGGAUGGUGAGUGUCAGAACGAGAUCUCCGAGCAGACUGACUCGGGAAUUUGCACGGUGAUUUCGUCGGAGAAUACCAGUCUGUACGAUAAGAGUCCCGAAGAGAAGAAGACUUUCGCCAACGAGAUCCAAGAGGACGAGCACGGAUUAGAUGAUGAGGACACGCAAGAGAAUACCAGUUAUUCUUGUUCCAAUUUGAAUUCACCGAAGAGAAAGAGCUCAACGAUAUCGGAUAACUCGUGCGUCUGUAGUCUAAGAAGCGUGAAGACAGUGGCGUCGUUGGACCACUCGAUCGAGGUGCACAAUUUGCAUGCGGCCAACACAGAGACUGUGAAAAACAUUCCACGAAUAUCGUCCAAUUUCGAUGGGACGAACGAAGAGUUCGUUGGAGUCGCGUACGGAAAUGGGCAGAUUUCCGUCUGCGACUCGAACCAGUCUAGUUUUCAGAUCAAUUAUUCAGAAAAUUGGGAAAAUCUGAAUUUAAGCAUUGACGCGUCUACUUCGAGGAAAGAAUUCUGGAGCGACCUGAAGUGUGAAAACUGCCCCUCCACGUCGCAGAACAUUGAGAAGAUCGGCUCGAAGAUCGAGCAGUAUAACCAGGAUAAGAUCACAACGUCGAAGAAGAUGAAGGACGAGAAGCAGAAGAGACGGCAUCAACGUAAGCACGAACGGAACGGGCAAAAACUUCAUCACGGGGUACAGGAGAGCAGGGUGCAGAACUUUCAAAACGUACGCUCGUCGGCGAGUACGGAGAGCUCCAGAUCAAACUCGACGGAUCGUUGUUUGAAUCCUAGGCUGCUCAGUUACGGAGCAAGUCUGCAUCCCAGCCAGAACACCAGGCAGAUGCCUAACUUUGGAAGCAGCCCUCACGCUAGUCCGCGGUUGCAGCACUUCGAAACUCGUAGCACGCCUGGAUCAGGCCAGAGGACUUCUAGUAUCGCUUCCAGAGCUCAGAGAAACUCGUCUCCGCAAAAUAGAAAGCUUCUCGAUCAUAGGAGAUCUAGGUCAGAGCAAAUUAUCAGAAUGAAGAGGAGAGACUUUGAAAAGAGAGACAAGUACGAACGAGCUAAUCCGAGGUCGGAGCAGACCAAGAGAAAAUUAGGAAGUAGAAGUCCUAAUGAACUGAUGAACGAUGGUUUGGGACCAAGAACGGAUAAAAGCGGCCUGGCAAACGAGAUAAUCUCGCCGGUCACGACGCAGACCGUGUCGUAUGGAAUACAAAAAGACAAUAACACGCAGAGAGCCACGCGAGCUGUGAGGCUGGUGAACGCAUCCACAGUUCAAGGGACGCAGUCGGUCAGUUCGGAUCAUAUUGUGGUUCAUAAGCCGGAUGUUGGGUCCAGUUCGAGCUGCUCGAGUUGCUGUGACUCGAGCUCGGAGACCAGCGAGUUUCAGAGCGAUUGUCAGGACGACGAGGAGAUAGCCUUGGCCAUGCAGGCUGCUGAGAUUGCGAACAAUUACAAGAUUCGAGCGAAAUUUCGGUCAUCCGAGGAUCUCGUUCAUCGUUUAUUCGUUUGUAUAGCCGGUGUGGCAGAUCAAUUGCAGACCAAUUUCGCAUCGGAUCUGCGCAAUAUCUUGAAAUGUGUGUUCCUGAUGAACAGUAGUCAAACCGUGGAAGACGGUGAGAUAAAGGAUGAAAGUUCAGUAUCUGAAAAUCAUGUGACAAGUCCGUUGAAUGAUACGGUUACAAAUCAUGAUCGACAGGAUUUAUUACAAGAAUACGAGGACGAUUUGGAAGAGACUGCCAUCACCACCGAUCAUAAUACGUCGACCAUAACCGAGCGCGGCGAGGAGUGUGUGGAGAGGGCACCAGCUUGGAUACCGGACAAUGACGCGCCUCGUUGUAUGGCGUGUCAAGCAGGGUUCACGGUGGUGAGACGCAGACACCAUUGCAGAAAUUGUGGCAAGGUGUUCUGCGGUCGUUGCAGCAGCAACAACGUUCCCCUGCCUCGUUAUGGGCACACGAAGCCUGUCAGGGUAUGCAACAGGUGUUUUCUGUAUCAGGUGACGCCGUUCACGGUGUCCCCAGUGACGCCAGCGAGCUGAGCUUUGGAACAACGAGGUGAGAACGCAAGAUUCUUAGAUAGUUAAAGGCAUUAAGGAGAAGCCUAUGAAGAUCGGCGAGAAAAUACGAAUACCAUAGACUGAGAAUAAGAAAAAAAGAAGGAAAAGGAAAUUAAAUGGCCCUUAUGAGUCGGCUAACUGUGUAUUAUAUCAAAUGUUCGCUCAGCGAUAGUGAUCAAAUAGCGGUAUCUAAAUGUUUAAUAUCAAACCAGCGACAAUGGGACUAGCGAUAGGUGGGCCGUGAUCUUGUUUCAACUACUAUCAUAUUCUAUCGAUGAAACUCUUUCGUUGGAAGGAGAGACGUUUGCAUCAAUACGUAUUCUUAGUGGGAGAAAUUAAUACGACAAACGCGAUGUCAAUACUCAUAAUCUCAAUACUCGAAUAAACGAAUUGAUAGAAAUAUCGAAACACCUUUAAGACACAAAACUUUCAUUCAAUCUAAUCAACUUCUUGGAAUUUCCGCUGAAAUGUGUAUUGAAAUAUGUGGAAAAAAAUAUGUACAAGAAAUUAGAAGGAAUUAAUAGAAAUUCUGAAAAAUUUUUAAAACGUAAGAACCUAAUACACUAUAAUCGACUCUUUCGAAUUUCUAUCGAAAUAUGUGAAAAAGGAAAAAGAAAAUUACGAAAGCUUUUAAACGAAUUAAGAGAAAUUGUGAAACAUUUUUAUUCCACACAAUCGUAAUUCAAUCUAAUCAACUCUUUCGAAUUUCCAUUGAAAUAUUAAAAUGUGUAUUGAAAUAUGCAAAACAUUACGUAUUUAGUCAACUAAUUUACAUUUCUUCCACUCGAAAUAUGUUCUGAAAAAAACGUUGUUGCUCCACUUUCUUCCUUUAUUAGAAAGACAAUUGAGUAUAAAGUUGCUCGGGUCGGAACCGGCGAUUCGAGAAUCAACGACUGUUGUAAAUAGCGCGAAAACUUGCGAGCGAGCGUACAAGAGAAAAGCGAACUGUGUGAUGAUCGUGACAGAACGAAGGGAGAGAGCGAACUUUCCGUUUUUCACCGGCAUUCGAAGUACACGCGCUGGCGAAUCGUGAUAAUACAUUAUAAACCCGUUAAUCGUACACUGUGACUUUCACGUAAGCUUUAAAUAGCGAUAUUUACUAGCAUCACAUUGAGUGUACUACGAUCUGACGAUUCUUCGAAGCAUAGCGUACACGUGCAGCGGCCUGUUGCUAAUUUCUGUGCCAAAUUUACGUGACAAUAAGUUUUCUCUUGAUUAAACGCCACCUUCUUAUAUGAAUACGAGUUUCAAUAAAUCGACACAGACUAUAUUCUAUAUAUAUAUAUUAUUAUAUAUUAAUAUAUAUCAUAUAAUAAUAUAUGUAUAUUUAUUUAUAUCUAUCACAUGGACCGAAAUUUGUCACAUUAGACUGCGAAUUUUUAUGCAUUUAUAGGAAAUUUCCAGGUGCAGGAAUGUAAGAAAUGUUCAAAGCGAAGUACUCUUUUUUUUAAAUUAUAGUCAGAUUUACUAUUUCGGUUAUUACCCAUUGUAAGAACUAUUACAUUACUCUUGAUGCAACUACGUUUAAUAGCGAAUAACGAACAAAAACUUGCAAACUUAAUUAUUCUUGUUACGAUUAUUCUAAUUAUAUUGUGAAGAAUUUUUUCUUUCUUUACGUAUCGAUGGAAAAUUUAAAGAUGUAAAAAUGUGCAAAAUGGACCUAACAUGCGAAAAUAUAAGAAAUAUUCAAAAGCAAGUACAUGCUUGUUAUAACAUUUAAUGGGUGAAAUAUAUCUUUAAGCCAUUAUAUAUCAUUAAGUAUCAUUUUUCUCUGUUAUAUUAACAAAAACAUAUAAUUGCAUAAAGAUCCGCGGUCUGCUCAUCAUUCAGCGAGUUCAUUGUCCGAGCGAGAACGUUUGAUCAUCUUCUAUGACGGUACACGGUCCAGUGAACAGGUACAACGUCGAAAGGGAAUUUGUCAGCAAUUUAUUUGUUAGAAUGUGAACAUGAGAAUCGUAGAUUUCAGAGAGCGUUUUAAUUAGACAGCUGCCGCUGUCCGUGUACGAUUUCGAUUUUAAAAGACUGCUUUCGAUUGUAGGCUGUUCAGAUAUUGUAUAAUAGGUUCGAUGAUUCGCCGUAGUUGUUGCUGAGCCGAGCGAUUGUGCUUUACGCAGCUGCGGAAGGGUUGGGCAGUAUUCUUGGAUUAUUAUUAAAUUUACUUAUUCCAGUGCGAUUAUAAAAUAUGUUUUAAUACCGAACAUUUUAUGUGAACAGUUUGGUAUUGGAAAAAUUGAGAAUGAGAAGAUGCGAAAAUAAGUGUUUUAUUUUUGUUCAAGUUUUGAAAUUUAUUUUAACUUUUGGUUAUUUAAUAAUGAUUGAUUUAUAAUUGUAUUUCUUUUAUUUGACAAAAAAAGAAAUUUGAAUUGGGUAAACGUUUUUUGGAAUAAUUUGAAGAGUUUAUUUUAGAAAGUUAUUUUUUGACGACUGAUGUAUUUUGUUUAACGACUGAUUUGCGAAUAAUGGAAGCGAAAAUUCGUGAAACGGCGCCCUACUCUGUGUCGUGUGUCAAUUUCAUUGCGUGACCUUAUUCAAUUCUCGAUAUGAAAGGUACAGAGACCACGUGUUACAAUUUCGAUUACUCGCACAACUAAUAUGUUUGGACUUUGUUUAAUAUUAGAGCAACAAUUUAUUUCUUUAUUAUCCUGAUUAGUGAAGGUAUCGUGUAACCUUAUGUACAAAUUCGUCUAUAUAUUUCAUAUUUGCUACAUUAAUAAACAAAGGUAUUGUCUUGGACAAUACACUUUUAUAGCAUACAAAAAAUACAAAAA